AUGGCUUCAUGUGUUCGUUGUGGCUUCCAAUUUGUUUCUCAAAUCCGCGCUCUUCCUCGCUUCGGCUCGAGGAUCAGGCACUACUCUACUAAGGAUGAUUUAUCUCGUUCGAAUUUGCCGAAACCACGUCUCGACUAUCGCUCGAUUUCGGAGAACGUUGUCUACAAGUCCCACAAUGCGUUCAAUCGGAAAGCACCACUUCCUAUUGGAUCCGUGCAGUCGAUAGAGCGCCUGUACAAGCAACAGAAGGAGCUUCAGCACAGCUUCAACUCGAAGAAACAUGAACAGUCACAAAUCGGCGAGCUGGUGCGCACGGCAGCAAAGGAUACGGAAGCCAGGACCGCCGCAGUCCAAAAAGCCAAAAGCUUGAAGAAUGAUAUUGCUGCUCUUCAAGCACAACUGCAUGAGGUCGCCGAUAAACUCCUUUCGCUCGCCCUAGCCAUUCCAAACGAUACCCAUCCUGAGAGCCCCCUUGGCUCGGAAACCGAGGCUGUCACUCUUUCGACGCAUGGUCCUUCGCCUAUGCCAGCGUCAUCAGAUAGGGACCAUGUCGCUAUCGGCCGCGCACUAGGACUUUUUGAUCUGGAGGCCGGUGCAUCUGUCACAGGUUCGUCAUGGUACUACCUCCUGAACGAGGGUGCGCUUCUCGAGAUGGCCCUCGUCAACUAUGCUCUAUCUGUUGCAAUCAAGCAUGGCUUUACCCCCGUGACAACACCGGAUGUCGUGCGCUCGGACAUCGCGAGCCGAUGCGGCUUCCAGCCCCGCGACCAAGCGGUAGAUCCCCCUGUAUCCCAGAUGUAUCAUCUUUCAGGAACUGAAACGUCAUCAUCUCCGCAUCCUGAACUCAUUUUAGCGGGGACGGCAGAGAUACCUCUUGCGGGGUUGUUUGCUAAUAAGGUCUUCUUGGAGAACGAGCUUCCACGAAAAGUUGUAGGUCUUGGCCGUGCAUUUCGCGCUGAGGCAGGAGCCAGAGGCGCCGAUACUCGUGGCCUUUACAGGGUACAUCAAUUCACAAAGCUGGAGUUAUUUGUUGUUUCUGAAAGCGACAAGAGCGAGGAAAUGAUGGAGGAUAUGAGAAAGAUACAAGUGGAGAUCUUCGAUGGGCUUGGCCUUCCCAUUAGAGUUCUUGAUAUGCCAACAGAGGAAUUAGGUGCCAGUGCAUAUCGGAAGUAUGACAUGGAGGCAUGGAUGCCUGGCCGCGGAAGCUGGGGUGAAAUAUCCUCGACAUCGAAUUGCACCGACUAUCAGUCGCGCCGCCUCCACAUCCGAUAUCGUCCUAUUGCUUCUCCGUCAUCGACUUCCACCUCGGCUACGCAACACUCCAGUCUUCCAUUUGCUCAUACCUUGAAUGGUACAGCCGCAGCUGUUCCUCGACUGAUCGUGGCUUUGUUGGAAAACGGCGCACGCUUCGAUGAGCAGGGCAAAGUCAUUGGUCUCCGUCUGCCCGCAACUUUGAAACCUUUUUGGCUUGGGGCCGCGAGAGAUAUCAUAAAGUGGAUAUAG